UCACCGAUCCACGGAAAGAGCCGAAGAUGUCGGCUCGGUCAUGUGAUCAGCUGUGUCCAGUCACAGCUGAUCACAUGUAAACAGGGAAUGAUGAUCUGUGUAGCCCCAGCAGUGCCACCUGUCAGUGUCCAUCAGUGACAGCUUUCAGUGCUCAUCCAUGCCAUCUGCCAGUGCCCAUCAGUGCCACAUUUCAGUGCCCAUCAGUGCCACAUCAAUGCCACAUAUCAGUGCCCAUCUGAGCUGCCUUUCAGUGUCACCGAUCAGUGCCAGUCAGUGCCACCUAUCAAUGCCAGUCAGUGCCACCUAUCAGUGCUGCCAAUCAGUGCCACCUAUCAGUGCCGCAUAUCAGUGCCAGUCAGUGCCGCCUAUCAGUUUACAUCAGUGCUGCCUAUCAGUGCCCACCAGUGCUUCCUAUCAGUGCUGCCUAACAGUGCCAGUCAGUGCCGCCUAUCAGUGCCACCUAUUAGUG